UAGUGUAAUUUCAGAGGGACGAAAAGAGAAAAAUCAGCUGCUAGCGCAGGUGCUGGACUGCUGGGUAAGGAUUAACGACCAGAUUUGCCGUCCCCAAUCGCUGCAACCAUGGGCAAGGGAGGAGGCUGUGUACCCAGUAAGAAGCGUAUGCCAUCAGCUACUUCCGACGAUCCUCCGAAGAUCGCCGUAGAUGCGCCGAUCGCCGUCGCCGAUAAGACCCUCCCUGAUGAUGCCACUCCUACGGGAGAAGUCACAAUUUCGUCGCUACCUGCGAAGUUGAAGAUAUUUAUCGUCUACUACUCCAUGUAUGGCCAUGUGGAGGGUUUGGCAAAGAGAAUGAAGAAAGGGAUUGAUGGGAUCGAGGGGGCCGAGGGUUUCUUGUACCGUGUUCCUGAGAUUCUGUCAGAUGCGAUUCUCGAGAAAAUGAAAGCUCCUCCCAAAGACGACUCGAUCCCGUUGAUAUCUGCGGCGGAAUUGGCGUCGGCUGAUGGGUUUCUGUUUGGGUUUCCGACCAGGUAUGGAUCUAUGGCUGCCCAGAUGAAGUCUUUCUUCGACUCGACUGGGCAGUUGUGGAAGGAACAGAAGCUUGCAGGGAAGCCGGCUGGGUUCUUUGUAAGCACUGGUACGCAAGGAGGCGGCCAAGAAACCACUGCUUGGACGGCAAUCACCCAGUUGGCACACCAUGGAAUGCUAUUUGUUCCCAUUGGAUACACGUUUGGAGCUGGAAUGUUCAAGAUGGAUUCUAUUAGGGGUGGUUCUCCAUAUGGUGCUGGAGUUUAUGCUGGUGACGGCACAAGGGAGCCUACUGAGACAGAGCUGGCACUUGCAGAGCACCAGGGAAAAUACAUGGUGGCGGUUGUCAAGAGGCUUGCCCCUGUUUGAUAACGUGUUUGGCCAUCAGAUCCUUGUCUAUUCCACCUACGUUUUUAGGCUCAUCAUUUGUUCAUUCAAAAGAUUCAUUUCAGAUCAUGAUUUGCCAUAGCGUUUCAUGUGUUGGAAGGUUGUGUGUGAACAAACUACCCAUGUUUAGCUACAAUACCCUGUUCUUUCCAUUUUUGCGAGUUCUGGCCCCAUUGUUUGUUCAGAAAGUUGUAUAUGGUCUCAACUCUCAACUCCCAACACAUCUUAUUUCUGUUUCGUCAUGGUAAUAAUGAAGUUGUGAAAUGUGUUCUUUCGUAUACUUCAGUUUUAUUUUCAUUGACUCCUUGUUUAUUCAGAAAAUUCAUUUCUGAUUGUGAGUUAUUGGUUGAAGAGACUGGUCUUAUUUAGCGACAAUGCCUAUUGCUCAGAAAGUUGUAUAUUGUCUCAAAGGUUUCUGUUUUGUGUUUCAUUAUGGUAAUAAUGAAGUGUUGAGUUUCUGUA